AUGCCUUUUCAUCGGAUCAGUCAAUGGACUGGGGGAUUCUUCGAGGGCACUUCCUUGACAAAGAUAGGGUUGGAAGUCCACCUUGGCCACGCGGGCAAGCCUUGUCCCGGACUGACCGACGAGUGGUGCGAUACAGAUGAUGAGGGAGACCAAUUGACUGAAGGCCCAUGGAUACCCUUGGUUAAUGAUUCUCGGACGACCACGGUGGUAGAUACUUCCGGGCUCCACUCCAUGAUGAUCAGCUUCUGUCAGUGCGCUGGUGCACUGAGCCCUGACAUGCAACUAUUCGAGACCGGCCUCUUCCCUGCGUCUUUCACUUCACCGAAGACAGCAUUCACAUUUGCAGUGUUGGACAACUUCCUGCUGGACAACUUGGAAUGCGGGACAUCGGCAAUGAACUACUACAGUAAAUUAAGGCGAAUCACCUCAAGCGUGUUUCCUCAUCUGGUUCCAGACCGGUACAGAGAAUUGAUGAGGGUCGGCAGGCAGUGGAGACAAGUGAAGCAGCUCAAGUGGCAUGGGUUUGGCCAUGAGAAGCGACAGCCGAAGGCAGGGGAGCUUGCACUCUUCUGUCCUGCAUGUCCUCAGCCCGGUGUAAAUCUCAAUUUGUCAGACAGAAAUGAGUCCGACCCUGCAUGGCUGUAUUCCAGAUCGUUAGUCAUGGAUGGCAAUUUCAAGGCAGAGCAUUUGUAUCCCACCAAUCCAAGCGAUGAGGUGGCAUUGACCGAUGGCUUGGGCUUCAUGGUCGGUGAUGCCCGAUACAAAAUGCAUCUAUCCCAGGCGCAGGACAUUGUGCAAAGGUCAGACUGCAAAUGCCUCGCGCCACAAGCUGGAAGCAACAGGGAUAGGCGGAUGUGCUUGUGCGAGGCACGGGUGUUUUGUUCCUCAUUCAAUGGUAGACUUUCAGAAGGGGGAAAGAUGAACAUGGAUUAUGCCCUGUGUCAAGCUCUGGGGUACAAUACUGAUGGGAUCAAUCGGGCAUUCACAUUCUAUGACAUUAAUUGUCAAUACAACAAGCAUCUCAGCAAGCGGAUUGAAGAGUCGCCUUAUCUUGACCUUCCAUGGGGCAUGGACAUUAUUCCUGGAAUUGGGCUGUGGCAUGUUCACGGCCAUCAAGAUAAAUGCUAUGUGAGGUAUGCGUCCAACUUCAUAACCGGUGCCGCCAGGAUCGACGGAGAAAUAAUGGAGACCCUGUGGGCACCCUUGAACAUCAUAUCACCAUCAGCAAGAGGGAUGUCCACCCCCCACCAAAAGGAGUGUUUAGACUUUCAAAUGAAUGACUGUAAUUUUAUGAAGAUGAUAUGCAUCAGCAAAUUCCUUGGCAGAAAAUUCAAGGAGGCUGUGCAGGGUGUCCGAGACAGCCAGUAUGCAUUUGACUGGUUAAGCGAGACCGCCGAGGGUGAUACCCUUCACACAUGGGAAGCGGAGGCCACUGCUGCUCAGGAUGACCGACUUCAUAAUCCAAGUUCCAUGGACAUAUAUGAGGUUCAAUUGACAAAAUUGCCAACAAGAAAACAACAAGAGUUACACCUGCUGAACCGUCAGGCUCAAUGGCCAGCCGGUGAGAUUCAUCGGGGUGCUGCUACUUGGCUAGCCUCUGGAAUUAUGCUGGAAGAGGCUCAAGUAGCUCUCCUGAUCGACGUAAGAAAGCUAGGCAAACGGCCGACCAACACCCAGAAGCUGGCUGUGGCCUGGCGUCGUGACAGAUUGCAAGGCCAACUGGAUAAAUUUGUCAGGGUCGCGGUGACAUUUCUCGGCGAUGAAUUAAAUGGCUGUGACCAUUUGGAUGGCAUGACGGUGAUGUUGGAUACAGUAGAAGCGGAUUCUGUCGGGUCAUCAUCCGAGGAUCCCGAGAGGUCAGAUGACGAAGACCGAUAUGAUAUUCCGGUGAAGUUCAAUCCCGAGACCGUGGUGAUUCCAUUGCCAUCAAACAUCGGCAUUGAAAAUGCGCCCUCAAAUGAUGCCUUACAUGCCAUCUGGGUCAACUUGGCCGACAAGGCCGUUCUGUUUCGCACCACGGUUCGGUCGGCAAAAUCCCAAGCACAGUCAACCAGGGCAUGGGCUUGGGUGCACUCAGUGGACAAGGUCCUACACCUAAACAUGCAGAUAUACUCAAAAUGCCGCAAGCAGCUAAUCCAUCUCGGUGCCGAUAACUUAUUGUCCAAGUAUUGGCUGUUGGAGAAGGCCAACCUCAAGGCUACCAUGGUUGUUGCAGACCCAAACGCGCACGGUCAAAGAAAUAGCAUGUUAGCAUGGUUUUGGAGCAUUGAUGUUGAGGGGGAUUCUGCAAGCAAUAACUGGAUGAAUGAAUUUUACCGUGUCCAUUGGCUUAGGACACUGGCACUGCGUGAUCAUUGGGCAGAGGAGCUGCUGCUGGUUGGUCGGGAAAUGACAUGGAUGGUUGAAUUUUUUCUUCAUAAAUCUCAACAAUGGGUAGGCCGAAUGCAGGAGGCCGAUGUACAGCGCACGGUCGGGCACCGGUGCUAUGCUGCCCACCAGGCUCAAAUGUAUCUCCAACUCUCACAACAUGCACAGGACAGCUUUGAACGAAUGAAAGGGGUGGCUGCGGUUGUAGAGUGA